AUGCUAUCCAGAGCUACAGUCUCCAAGGCUCGACCUAUAUUGAUGCGAACUGGUCUACGAUCUCUCGCAUCACAAGCUUCCAAUCCAAAGAAAAGCAGAUCCAAUGAACGAGAGGCUAUCGCCUUUGCCAGUUUGUUGGUCGGUCUCAUCGGUGCUGGCACUGCUGCAACUUUACUAGAACCAAAACGAUCCAGGACUACAGUCAUGGGACUCAAUACUGAAGAACUAUUUGAACAUUCUUCUGUCAAGGAUCAUCAACCAAAUGAUCCUCCGUCACGUCCAGAUUUGCCAACCAUUUCACUUGAGGAUGUCGCUGAACAUGCCGACGAAGAAAGCCUCUGGUAUACCUUCCGAGGAGGUGUAUAUGAUCUUACCUUCUUCAUUAAUGGUCACCCAGGAGGAACACCCCGCCUUCUCAUGGCUGCCGGACAAGAUUUGGAGCCAUACUGGGAAGUCUACCGUCAGCACCUUCGCGGUCACGUUGUCGAUUGGAUGGAAAAGUACCGUAUUGGAAACCUGUCGCCAGAAGAUACCAUAAAGUCCAAGAACUUUCAACAUGGCGACAUGUUUGAAACUGAUCCAUACCGAGACCCCAACCUCUUGCCUUGCACAAAGAAACCCUUUUGUGGAGAGCCUCGCUUGGAAAUGUUGACCAAUGACUAUUAUACACCCAAUGAACUCUUCUACGUCCGAAAUCACUUGGCCGUCCCAGAAAUCGAUCCUGAUGAAUACGUAUUAAUCGUCAAAGGCAAGGGAGUCAAGAAGCACAAGUUUACUCUCCAAGACCUCAAGACAAAAUUCAAGAAGUACGAAGUUUCCACAACUCUCCAGUGCGCUGGAAAUCGUCGCGAGGAUCUUGUCGACGAGAAUCACCAAAUCUUUAUUGCUCCGCAUUGGGUCGUAGGAGCCAUGAGCACCGCCAAGUGGGGAGGCGUCCGUCUACGAGAUGUGCUUAAGGAAUGCGGACUGGAUGCUGAUGGCAUGGCCAUGGGUGACGUCAAUCCAAAGGACAUUCAUCACGUUCAAUUUGAAGGCUACGACACCGAUGAAACAGGACAAUGUUAUGGCGGUUCCAUUCCAAUUGAUAAGGCUGUGGAUCCCUUGGGCGACGCCCUCCUUGCCUUCGAAAUGAACGGAGAUCCGUUGCCAAGAGACCACGGAUAUCCCGUACGAGCGAUUGCUCCAGGUCAUGCAGGUGCCAGGCAAUGCAAAUGGCUACACAAGGUUAUUGUCAGUGAUAAGGAAAGUCAGACAUCAUGGCAACAAAAAUCUUACCGUGGAUUCGCCCCAGACAUUACAUUUGAGAACCAAUUAUCGCACUGGCCUCCCAAGAGAUUGGAUCAAGCUCCCAUUGUUCAAGAAAUGCCAGUACAAUCUUUUGUUUGUAAUCCGCCCCAAAACAGUGUCAUUGGAGGAAAAUCCGCCACUGAUGUCACCAUCAAGGGAGUGGCCUGGUCCGGAGGUGGUCGCAAGGUUGAACGUGUCGACGUCUCAAUUGAUGGAGGAAAGACUUGGACUGCAGCAGAACUAUAUAAACCAAUCGAGCAGCGUCGUAACCGUCACUGGGCUUGGACUCAAUUCACACAGACUAUUCCACUUCCAGAAGAGAUCCAAAAGAAGCUUCGCAGUGGACAAAACGUCACCUUGGACAUUGUCAGUAAGGCUAUGAACUCGGACUUUAACCUACAACCAGAAACAAUGGAACCCUACUGGAAUGCCCGAGGUAUUUGUAUCAACCAUUGGUACCACGUCAAGUCUAUGAUGGAUCCAAACAAGGAUAAGUCCUUUGUCCGUCAUAACCCUGGAGCGCAACAGUUUGGUAACACUCCUUCUGGAGGACACUUUGAAAAGCAAUGGGGUAUGCAUGGAUUCACAUCGGAUCCAAACCAUGCUGACAGCGCCAACUUCAAGGUCAAGGAGGGUGGAGAUACCUACCAUUUGGAACAUGGUGGCGGCUCUGGCAAUGUGAACGUCGAAGACUUGGAUGACGACGACGACGAUGAUGAGGACGAAGAGUAG